UCUGUCAUUUUCUAAAAAUUCUUACAACGGAGAAGUGUGCCAGUGUUGGUCAAUUAUUGAAUUAAGUAUUUAAUAAUAUAUAUAAAAAUAUAGUUUUUAAAGUUUUAAGAAACAACUUGUCCAUCUGAUAACAGUAUAUAUUAGGCAUAAAAUUGGGAAAAUAUUACGAUGGAGCUGGAUGAAAAUGUGGGCGCAAAUGGUGAUCGUUUCGUUCACCGCUUGAAAGAGUUGUCAGCUGAUGAAAAACAAAACUUAGAAAAUCAAAAUUCACGAAUCGUCCCUGAAAUUAAAGCAGUGAAAUUAGAGAAAGAUGCUAAACGUCACUGGGAUAUUUUUUAUAAAAGAAACGAAACAAAAUUCUUCCGAGACCGGCAUUGGACAACACGUGAGUUUCAGGAACUUAUUAACUUUGAUUCUGAUGAGCGUAUUACAUAUUUAGAACUUGGCUGUGGUGUUGGAAAUAUGGUAUUUCCACUUAUUGAAGAAGGGUUUUCGAACUUUUACUUCUAUGCAUGUGAUUUCUCCCCACGUGCUGUAGAGUUUGUUAAACAAAAUAAGUUGUAUGACGAAAGCAGGAUUAAAGCAUUUUGUGCCGAUUUAACUACGAAUGAUUUAUUUGACAACGUGACCGAGAACAGCAUUGAUAUUGCGAGUCUUAUUUUUGUAUUAUCGGCCAUUCAUCCCGAGAAAUGGAGGCACGUUGCAAAUGUAGCGUUUAGGGCGUUACGUCCAGGAGGCGUGCUAUUAUUCAGAGAUUAUGGUAGAUACGACAUGGCUCAGCUUCGCUUCAAACCUGGCCAUAAGAUAUCUGAUAAUUUUUAUAUGCGGCAAGAUGGUACAAGGAGCUAUUACUUCACGGAAGAGGAGCUUUCUGAAUUAUUCACUGAGGCAGGCUUUGAAAUUAUCAUGAACACAUAUGUUCAACGGAGAACUGUUAACUUCAAAGAAGGCAUUGAUGUGCCUCGCAUAUUUGUCCAAGGAAAAUAUAAGAAACCAACAAAAGGAUGAACAUUUAUGAGCAUGCAAAGUAACUGGAAGUAAGUAUCAACACCUGCAUUCCAUUAUUUAGUUAAUAAAAAUUAUGUUUAGUGAAAUU